AUGGAGGAGAAAGGGGCCAUUGAGCUAGCAGAGAGUGUGGAAGUUGGAAAACCUGACGUUGAACUCGGACAAGUUCUUGUCGAUGGUGAGGGACAGGUACAGCGAUUGCCUGUACCCAGCAAGGACCCGAAUGAUCCAUUGAACUACACAAGAUGGGAGAAGGUCGGUAUCAUUGUGAGCUGUUGCUGGUUCUUCUGGUUGUCUACGUUCCCAUCUCUUUUUGUCGGCGUUGGUCGGUCAAUCCACUCUUCCCACUUCCUUCUCGCAGCCACCAUUGGUUGCGCUGUUUGCAAUACCUGGGAGCAGCAUCUGGGUCUGCGGAUCCUCCAGGGUCUCUCAGCUGGUGUAACUGAAUCGGUCCUGCCUCUCAUUCUAGCUGAAGUAACGUUCGUGCAUCAACAUGGAAUGGUAUAUGGCAUGUAUUGGGCAGCACAGAGCACCAUUACCGGAUGUCUCAAUCUAGCUGCUUCCUACGAAGUGGCAGCUCUUGGAUGGAGGUGGUACUACUGGGUCUUUGCGAUCACGGUCGCCGUCGGCCUUCUCCUUGUCAUCGUCUUCGGGCUUGAAACUAGCUACCAGCGCAGCUCCCAGUUUGUCCAUGGUCGCAUGGUUGUCACAGACCAGUUCGGCGUAACUAGGGUGCUUAGCGAGGACGAAACACGACAGUAUCUCGGCACCCAUGGCCACCCAUAUAGUCGCGACGACGGCCAUAUACCGGAAGAGCUCCGGCCAAAGAAGACAUACUUUCAAAUGCUAAUACCAUGGGCAUCGCCAACCGAAAGUCCUCUGAUCCUCAUCCCCCGAACCACGCUUCAGAUCUUCUCAGCCUUCUUGUCCCCCGGCAUCCUGUACGCAACCCUCGUUGCCUCUGUCGUCCUCGGCUCCUCAAUCGGCAUGUCCCUCUCCUACAACACAGUCCUGCAGUACAACUACCAUUGGCCCGCAAAAUCCAUUGGGCUAAUCAACCUCGGUGGUGUUUUCGGUGGCUUCGGCGGCAUGCUCUACGCAGGCUUCUUCGGCGACAAAUUCAUCGUGUGGAUGGCGAAGCGGAAUGGCGGGAUUCACACACCCGAACACCGCCUCCCUCUCCUUAUUCUCCCUGGUAUCCUGGGAGUGGUGGCCCUUCUCCUCUACGGGCUCACAGCGGAUGGAAGCGCAACUUGGAGCGGGCCAUAUAUGGGCUGGACGCUCUUCCAAAUCACCUUCGUGUCUGUGCUUAUUCUGUCCACGUCAUUUGCGGCAGAAGCAUGGGAGAAGAAUCCCGGGCCGGCCAUUGUGGCCGUGGUUGGCGUGAAAAAUAUCGUUGCGUUUGCGUUGAGUUAUGGAAUUAAUCCAAUGACAGAGUUGUAUGAUUACCCCGUUGCGAUGGGGAUCCUUGCGGCGAUUGUCGGCGGAGUGUUCCUGUUAGGAGUGCCCGUUUAUUUCCUGAAUCCAAGAGUAAGCUCUUCCGUUUCUUCUCUUUCUCCUGAGUUCAAAAUGAGAUCUAACGAAGGUCAUCUGUCGCAGUGGCGGAGAUGGAUGGAUAUGAAGGAGCGGAGACAGCGACGUACAGCGAAUUGA